CUCAAUUGAUCACUCCACGAUGCGACUUUGAGGCGUGUGCUUUUGGACGGUGUGUGAUUUUUAUAGCUCCAAUGAGAUGCUCCACCAUUACCAGAAAAUACUGUGCCGACCGACGCGAGGCGGGGAACCAGCUCCCUCUAUCCGCUUCCGUAUCCUUGUAUGAUGCCUCGAUCUUCAUCGCGACAAGCCCAAAAGUCGCCUUCCACUGGCCAUAAAGUCAACCAGGUCAUUCUUGGGAGCCUCCUCUUCAAAACCUGGUACGAGGCUCUGUAUCCGGAGGAGCUUGUCGCCAAAGACACGGACACGUUAUAUGUCUGCGGUUGGUGCUUCCGGUACACGUGUGACAGGACCGCGUACGCUGCCCAUCUCCCAGCCUGCCAGCUGCGAUCUUCUCCUCCAGGCAGCCAGAUUUAUCACCAUGACGGCUACUCGGUGUGGGAGGUAGACGGGGAGGACUACAAGCUCUUCGCGCAGAACCUAUCCCUCUUCGCGAAGCUAUUUCUGGACCAGAAAUCGGUCUGCUUCGAUGUCUCUGGGUUUCUCUUCUACCUGCUGGUGUACAUUGACCCCGACAACCCGGACGCUCAUCACAUCUUAGGCUACUUCUCGAAGGAGAAAAUGUCCUGGGAUGCAAAUAACCUCGCCUGCAUACUCAUAUUUCCUCCGUACCAACACAAUCAAUUGGGGAAGUUUCUUAUGGGGAUCAGUUACAAACUCAGUACCUGGGAAUGGGAAAGGGGUAUCGGCUCCAUUGGUGGCCCUGAGCGUCCGCUCAGUGAGAUGGGAGAGCGGAGCUAUAUCAGAUUCUGGGAGGAACGAAUUGCGAGGUACUUCCUAAGAGACCUUCCGCGGGGGAACGGAAAGCCCGCAACACCGAAGCCGAAGAAGAGGAAGAAAGUUACUCAAGAACAAAUAACCGUUGAGGAGCUUGGAAAAGCCACUGGAAUGCUGGUUGAGGACGUCAUAACCGCCAUAAAAUCAAUGGGGGUUGCAUCGGAGGAACAGCUGAAGCCGAGACGGAAGAGAGCUGCCUCCGAGAAUGCCAACGAGGUCGAGGAGAGCGUGGCGGUCAUCAAGAAAUCCAAAGUUCUUGAAUGGGCCAAAAAUCGUGGUAUUAGUUUAGAGGAUCCGGUUAAAGACGAAGGUUUUACUGGGAAAUGGGCGCUUAAAAGGGAACAAGAGCAAUCUGAACCUGACAACGACUAG